GCCUCCCUUAAUCGUGUAAAGUUGUAAACCCAAUAGGCUCAAGUGCUCAACGGAUGAGAAUUGACAUCAACGUAACAUAUUUCACAUCCACCAAUAUCACCAAAAUAUUUCCCAAAAUUCUUAAGUCUCACCGCCACCUCCGUUGCUCGUGCUCGCCAAAUGUGACCAACGAUGAACACACGAUUUCCACCACCACCUUCCUCCUCUUGCUCCUCCGCCACCUCCACCCACUUCCCACUAGCCUUCACUACAUUCACUCUCCUCAGAACACCCCCACCUUCCUCCACCUCAAUCUUCACAGUCACCACCACGACCACCAACAAAUUCACCAGUCUUGUUCGAGCUGAGCGAACAACAACCCCUGCCCCCAUCAACCCAACUCCCUCUCUACCACCCAACCACCAUUCAGAAGACCUAGCUCUGCUUUCUCUCCUCCGUCAGCGUAAAACCGAUGAAGCUUGGCUUCUUUACUCUCAAUCAGCUUAUCUCCCUAGCCCCACUUGCCUUAGCCGAUUAGUUUCACAGCUCUCCUACAAAAAUACCCCCGAGUCAUUCUCCCGCGCGCAGUCCAUCAUCUCCCGCCUCCGCCAUGAACGCCAGCUUCACCGCCUCGAUUCCAACGCUCUUGGGUUGCUCGCCGUCUCUGCGGGCAAAUCCGGUCAUACCCUAUAUGCAGUUUCCAUCAUUAAGUCCAUGCUUCGGUCAAAUUAUCUCCCCCAUGUUAAGGCGUGGAGUGCUGUUGUUAGCCGCCUAUCGGGUUCGCCAGAUAAUGGCCCGAACGACGCGAUAAAGCUUUAUCAAUCGGUCAUUAAACGGGUCCGUCGGGUGGAGGAUCGGACCCUUGUGGCCCACUCUUGCCCCGACACAGCAGCGUUCAACGCCGUGCUUAAUGCUUGUGCGAAUCUUGGGGAUGUAAGGAGGUUCUGCCAGGUGUUUGACGAAAUGCCUGAGUGGGUUGUUUUGCCUGAUGCUCUGACUUAUAACGUGGUUAUCAAAUUAUGUGCAAGAGUGGAUAGGAAGGACUUGCUUGUGUGUGUAUUAGAAUUAAUGGUGAGUAAAGGUGUUGAGCCUUGUAUAACCACUUUGCAUUCUCUAGUUGCUGCUUAUGUUGGGUUUGGAGAUUUAGGGACUGCUGAGAAAUUGGUUCAGGCAUUGCGAGAGGGGAGGAGAGAUCUAUGUAGGGUUCUUAGGGAUGCAAAUGUAGCUAAUGUUGAUGAGGAUGGAAAUAAGCAGGAAUAUGAUGUGUUUGAGAAGCUGAUUCCUAAGUCGAAAAUAGAUAACUGGGAACCUCCAUUACUACCAAAAGUAUACUCACCAGAUUCCAGGAUAUACACAACGUUGAUGAAGGGAUAUAUGAAGGCAGGGAGAUUGUCUGAUACAGUGAGAAUGCUGGAGGCAAUGAGGCGUGAGAAAGACAGUGGUAGUCAUCCUGAUCAUGUUUCAUAUACCACAGUGAUAUCUGCUCUUGUUAAAGCUGGGUCUAUGGACAAAGCUAGGCAAGUACUGGCUGAGAUGACAAGGAUGGGCAUACCUGGAAAUCUAGUGACUUUCAAUAUUCUGCUUAAGGGUUAUUGCCAGCAGUUGCAGGUUGAUAGAGCAAAGGAUCUAAUUAGGGAGAUGACUGAUGUUGUUGGGAUACUGCCUGAUGUGGUUUCAUACAAUACAAUUAUUGAUGGUUGCAUAUUGGUGGAUGAUAGUGCAGCAGCUCUUGCUUACUUUAAUGAGAUGAGGGCUCAAGGAAUUGCUCCUACAAAGAUUAGUUACACCACAUUGAUGAAGGCUUUUGCCCUAUCUGGACAACCAAAAUUGGCAAACAAGGUGUUUGAGGAGAUGUUGAAGGAUCCUAGAGUAAAAGUUGAUCAAGUGGCUUGGAAUAUGUUGGUUGAAGGGUAUUGUAGGUUGGGUUUGAUUGACGAAGCCAAGAUUGUGGUUGAGAGAAUGAGGGAGCAUGGUUUUCAUCCUAAUGUAUCCACCUACGGCAGCCUUGCCAACGGCAUUGCAUUGGCUAGGAAGCCUGGUGAAGCAUUACUUCUUUGGAAUGAAGUAAAAGAGAGAUGUGCUCCAAGAGGAGAUGAGGAUUCAAGCAUUUCUUCAUUGCCACCACCAAUAAAGCCUGAUGAAGGGCUACUAGAUACUUUAGCUGACAUUUGCGUAAGAGCAGCCUUUUUUAGGAAAGCUUUGGAGAUCGUUGCUUGUAUGGAAGAGAACGGGAUCUCUCCCAAUAAGACCAAGUAUACAAGAAUUUAUGUAGAAAUGCAUUCAAGGAUGUUUACCAGUAAACACGCGUCCAAAGCCAGACAAGAUAGAAGGCGAGAGAAAAAGAGAGCUGCAGAAGCUUUCAAGUUUUGGUUAGGAAUGCCAAAUGAGUACUAUGCUACUGAAUGGAGUCUAAAUCCACCCGGCAGACAAGAUGACUAUGGAUCCGAUUCUAUCUGAACUGACUGGUGUCUCAAAUGUAUGAUGCAGGGGAUGUGAUAUUGCAGAAGACAGCUUACAAACUUAUUAUACAAACCUUAGGUUGCAUCAUCUAGUAAUUUUGUAUAAUAGAAUUUCAUUCUGUAUCUUAUGUACAGCUAUUUGCACAACUCAGAUAACUUGAACAAAAAAAGCAACUGUUAUUUGAUACAAUCAUGGCUUGGUACUUUUUGUACAAGCUAUGUACAAGAUUGAUAAUACAAGUCAUAUGCUUAUGCCUUAUAAUUCUUAUGCCUUAUAUGCAAGAUUGAUUGAGGAUGGCUACUACAAGGAACUGAUCGAGUUCAUACUGAAGGAGCAGGAAGUUCCCUGUGAAUGAGGGGAACCUAGGGAUUUUCCAGACGAAGAUAAUCAUGGAGGUGGGUAGGGUGAGCCAUCAGAGGCUGGACCAUCUAGUGAAGCUAGUGAGCCUUUAUGCUCUAUCCAAAUUACUCCAUCGGCAACUCCUAUAAUUGAUUCUCCUUUGGCAAGCUCGUUACCUCUUGUAACUCCUUUGGCUAGCCCUGUACCUCUUCUAGGUAAGAGGAUCUCUUUCUGUGUUGUCUUCAGACUAUCUUACCUUUGCUUCUGAAAAUGAGAACAUUGUGAUAUUUCAAUAUAUACAUUCUCUAGUUACUCUUUAUAGCUUUGGUAUAUUUCAGUGCCUGCUAAAACUAGUAAGCUGCCCUUUUGAUUAUUUUAUCUCUUCUGUAGAAAUAUUGACAUAUGUUCCUCAGAACAUGUAACAGUAGCAUCUUAAUGAUUCUGCUAGACGUCCUAGAGUUCAAGUGUCAUGAAUCAACAAAUUCGUUAAAUAUGUUCAACAUCUGUGUAUGUAGUUACAUUUCUUAAUUUCAAGAUCAAACAUGUGCAAAUCACCUGUGAAGUGAUGUGCAGAUUGUGCAUUGUAGUUUGCACUGGAAAUGAUAGAUAAACAAGCGGGGAGGUUGAUUUAUUGCAAACAUACAGGAGCCAUUUUUUUUCUUUACUGUCGUUGAUCGGACAGACGGACACCCGGGUGGCUGUCCUAUAUAUUCUUUUAGUAUCCUGUAGAAAUAGGCAAACAUUCUAAUACUACAUAGUAUCCUGUUAAAAAGAAAACAAAAUUAUAGGAUAAAUCAUGAAGGCCUCAACUUUGUGGAGUUGUGUUGUUAGGGAAGUUGGUAGAAGAAUUGGUCGGCCAUGAUCUGAAUGGAGCAUUACGAACCUCAAUCUGUACUUUUUUUAAUCUCUUCAUUGGGGUCUUUUACCUUUUUGUUAUAAAUGUGACUAAAAGAGUCAUAAUCUGAUAGUUCACCUAUUAUUAGCUUAUCCCAAUUACAAGGUGCUCAAGAUUGUGUAAUGAACCCAGCUAAUGAGGCCCAAGAAAAGCAGCCCAACAACAAUAGCAACACAACAGCAAACAACAAGGACAUUAGAGCAGUCAGUAGAGAAUGUUAGUAUAAAUAAAAAGAGAGGAAGAGAGAGAAGGACAGGAAAUAGGUAGUGAAUUGUGAGACUUGUGACCUAAAGUCACUCUUUUGGAGAUUGGUAGCCUAAAGCUACUGCCUUUUGUAACCUUUUGGCUGGGCCUUAACCAAUUUAUCUUCUUCUUCA